AUGAUUGUCAACGUGGGAACUCUCCCUAAGAAAUAUCCGGACACCUGCAUCUUGGAUAAGUACAUGCUAUAUCUCGGAGUACACGCGUAUUACCGCGCCAUCAGUCUUCGGAAUCUCAAUCCUCCUCAGCAUAGAUCACUGUCGUUCGAACGCGUGCACAUGAGUAUCUACAGUAAGAAAAAGACGUAUAAACUUUGCAGUCCCACGGAAAAUGAAAAGAAGUUGUCCUCCAACAGGUCGUAUGACAUCAGGUCAGGUUUUGUGAUAUCGGCUGAAGUGAAAAAAGAGGGCGAUUCGUUUCAAGCCUCCAUCACGAGCAAAACUGAGUCAAACGCAUGCGGAAUUUCGCUUAAACCUCUACAAGCAAACAGAGAAAGGUUUCGGAUUAUAGAUGGGGAAGAAACGCCGAACUGCGCUCUCCCAUGGAACGCAUUUGUACGAUCAGAGGACCUGAUUAAGUCAUAUAUGUGCACUGGAGUGAUCGUCGGUGAGUAUUGGGUGCUCACCGCUGCUCACUGUUUUCCCAAUCGUCUGCCGAAGCUGAAAGUGCUGGUAGGCACAAAUCACAAAAAUGACGGAAGCGGUAUAUGGCACGACGUCGAAGCAGCAAUUCCUCAUCAGUUGUAUACGCAUCACACCCGCGGAUACGAUGUCGCGUUGCUAAGGACGGAAACUGCUAUAGUAUACAACGACUGUACACGACCAGUUUGCAUUGCAAAGCCCACGCCAGACUUUGGAAGAGAGUGCGUCGCAAGCGGCUGGGGUUACACUGAUAGGGGGAGACAGUGGGGGACCGCUGCAAUGUCUUGGUCUCGAUGGAAGGUACUACUUGAAUGGAAUUUCCAGUUCCAAGAUUACAUCGGAGUAUGGGCGGUGCCCGUCACGUUUCACAGCGGUUGCAGUAUUUGCGGAUUGGAUCAAUACAACGAUUCACACUUACAAGAGCACAUUACCGCCGAAACAACUACGUUUUGCUGCGAAAGUUUUGAGUUUCUUUUCUUUUCCGUUGAUGAUUUUUUGGCUGCUGUUAGGCUGGUGACAGGGAUUUGUGUUAAAGCAAUGUGA